AUGACAAAUGUAGAAUGCCGCGCGAGUCGCGGCGGAGGAAACGGCGGAGAUUUCCCGGACACGGAUUGGAUGACGCGGACAGACCCGUGGGAGCUGCUAGGCGUCGCGGAGGGGUCGUCCGCCGACGAGAUUAAAGCCGCCUUUCGCGCCAAGAUCAAGAACGUCCAUCCUGACGUGUACCGAGGGGAGCUGGACGCUGAGGCAAUCACAACCCGGCUUGUGCUCGCAUAUGAGUUGCUUCUAGAGGAGGUGGAAAACCCCACGGGAGGCAGGAGACAUGUGUGCCUGUGUGCCUGUAUGCCUGUAUGCACAUCCUUGGAUGUGAACCAGGACAAGUAUGUGUUGACUUUUGAGUCGACUCAAAAGUCAUCUACGCAGACGUGUGUGCCUGUAUGCAUGCGUAUGGAGGAGGAGGAGGAAGAGGAAGAGGAGGAGGACGGAGACCUCUGGCCCUGGGUCAACGAAAUCCGCUGCCUUGGUCAAUCCUGUCGCUCCAGCUGCAUAGUGACAGCGCCAUUCCUCUUCUCCUAUGCGGAGGACACUGCAAGAGCCCGCGCCAUGUCUCCUGAUGCCUUCCAAGGGUGGACGGUGGGAGGGGAGACUAAGGACAGGGCUCGUUACUGUGUCAACCUGGCUGUGGGACAAUGCCCCGAGCUUUGUAUACAUUAUGUAACAUCGGCCCAACAUGCUGAAUUAACUGGAAAGCUACAAGGGAUCAUAGAUGGGAUGGUACCCCUGCAAGAGGGUGCGUUUGAUAUCCAGGCGUACAUAGCUAAAGCCACAUAUGAUAACAACCGUCGACCACGACCAAAGCGAAGGCCUAAAGCAGAAGGCGAAUACGUGGACUGCACCGGCAGCGGCCCCAACACAGUCACACUAGUUAUAAUCCGCCUGCUGGUAGGCAUCGCCCAGGGAUUCAUAUUCCCCGCUAUACACACCGUUUUGGCACAGUGGACUCCCCCUCACGAGAAAUCCCGCGCAGUGAGUCUGUCUAUGUCGGGGAUGUACCUCGGAGCUGGCAUAGCCAUGCAGAUUCUACCGGGAUUAGUAGCUUCUAGAGGCCCCGAGUCGGUAUUCCAAUUAGUAGCAGCUAUGGGCGUCGCGUGGACUAUUUUGUGGAUUAAGUACGCCUCGGAUCCGCCUGGGGGGCCUACAGCGUUUGCGCAUGUGCCUGUGGGAGGGGGGAUGGGGGGGCAUAAGGGGAGUGAAGCGGAGCUCCUUCCGCUGGUGAAUGGGGAGGGGGAGCGGGGGAGGCUAGGCGGAACAGGCGCUCCCGUGUGGGCCAUAGUAGCUAAUAACUUCACCUUCCACUACGCCCUAUACGUCCUUAUGAACUGGCUUCCUACGUACUUCCACCAGGCUUUAAACACCAGCCUGCACAACGUAGGGUCGGGUAAAGCCAUGCCAUACUAUAUCAUGACGCUCUUUUCCAACGUAGGAGGUGUACUCGCCGAUCACUUAAUCGCGAAACGGUACCUGACUGUAGGGGGUACAAGAAAGGUCCUCAACACGAUCGGAUUCUUCGCGUCAGCAGUCGCCCUAGCCCUCACCCCCGUGCUCAAAUCCGUCAACGGGGCGGUUCUCUGCUCAUCUCUCACGCUAGGCGCCUGUGCAAUCGCCCGGGCGGGCUUUGCAGUAAACCACAUGGAUAUAGCGCCGAGGUUUGCAGGAGUUGUGAUGGGUGUGUCGAAUACAGCAGGGACUAUGGCGGGCGUGGUGGGGGUGGCGGCUUCUGGGCUGAUUCUAGAGGCGUUUUCGGGUGGAGAGGGGUCGGGAGGAGUGGGGAGCGGUGGUGGGGAUGGUGGAGUGGGAGGAGUGAGUGGUGUGGGAGGGGGAGCAGCGGGAGGGGGAGGAGGAGGGGGGAUUGAUCCGGGGUGGUGGUGGGUGUUCUUCACGCCAGCGUCCCUGUGUGUGGUCAGUGCUUUGAUCUUUGACGCGUUUGCCACGGGAGAGAGGGUCUUUGAGUGA